CCAGCAGCGAUGGGGGCGGUGCUCGGCAGCCUGUACGCAGCGCUGAACCGCUUUGGCAUGAAGCGCUUCUGGCGCACUCCCCAUGCGCCCCUGAAUGUUGUUGUCACCGGCGGCACAAGGGGCAUCGGCAAGGCCAUUGCUCGCGAGUUCCUCAGGUCUGGGGACCGAGUGAUGGUGAGUUCCAGGUCAGUGCAGGCGGUGAGGAGGGCCAUGAGCGAGCUGCGCGAGGAGGUGACCCCCGUGGGCACUGACAUCUGGAUUGGGGGCAUUGACUGUGAUGUUAGCAGCCCUGCCAGUGUGCAGCGUCUGGUCGACGGCGCAGCCUCUCAGAUGGGCUCCAUCGAUGUCUGGAUCAACAAUGCCGGCUACAGCGGCACCUUCCAGUCGUUCAUCGAGGCGCGGCCGGAGCAGAUCCAGGAGGUUGUGCAGACCAACCUGCUGGGCUGCCUGCUGUGCACGCGCGCGGCCAUGCGCCUGAUGGCCGCCCAGCCGCGCGGGGGGCACAUCUUCAACAUGGACGGCGCCGGCGCUGAUGGCCUGCCCACCCCACAGUAUGCCGCCUACGGCGCCACCAAAGCCGGAAUUGCGCACCUGAAGGGGUCGCUGGGGGCGGAGGCUGCGCGUGAGGGCGCUCCCGUCGGCGUGCACUGCCUGUCCCCCGGAAUGGUCCUCACCAAUCUGCUUCUGGAGGGUGCCUCUGACAUCAACAAGCAGAUCUUCAACAUCCUGUGCGAGCAGCCGGAGACGGUGGCGGCGUUUCUGGUGCCGCGCGCUCGCACGGUGGCCGCGCGCGGUGAGGCCGGCCGCUACAUCCGCUUCCUCACCCUGCCACGCGCGCUGCUGCGCUUCAUCACUGCUCCCCUGCGCACCAAUCGCUUCUUCAACGCUGACGGCGAGCCAGUGUAUGCGCGCGAGCAGGAGCGGAUUUUGGGGCAGCGUGCAAAGCGCACGGAGCGGCUGGCGGCGGCUGCCGCGCGGCGUUCCCGCUCUUUGGCUCUCGCUUACUCCGCCUCCCUCGCCACCGCCUACGCCCUCAUCGCAGCCGAU